CCGGGCGGGGGCUCGGCGCGGGCCCGCGCGAUGCCGGUGUCGGCGGCCCGAGCGGCUGCAGCUGCAGCGGCGGGGGAGGCGGCAGCGGGGCCCCGGAGGGGGGCUGCGCAGGGGGCCGGCGCGUAGCCGGGACUAUGGAGGGGCAGAGCGGCCGCUGCAAGAUCGUGGUGGUGGGGGACGCGGAGUGCGGCAAGACGGCGCUGCUGCAGGUGUUCGCCAAGGACGCCUACCCCGGGAGUUAUGUCCCCACCGUGUUUGAGAACUACACCGCGAGCUUUGAGAUCGACAAGCGCCGCAUAGAGCUCAACAUGUGGGACACUUCAGGUUCCUCUUACUAUGAUAACGUCCGGCCUCUGGCCUAUCCUGAUUCAGAUGCUGUGCUCAUCUGCUUCGACAUUAGCCGACCAGAAACACUGGACAGUGUCCUCAAGAAGUGGCAAGGGGAGACUCAGGAGUUUUGCCCCAAUGCCAAGGUUGUGCUGGUUGGCUGUAAACUGGACAUGCGCACCGACCUGGCCACACUGAGGGAGCUGUCCAAGCAGAGGCUUAUCCCCGUUACGCAUGAGCAGGGCACUGUGCUGGCCAAGCAGGUAGGUGCUGUGUCCUACGUGGAGUGCUCCUCCCGGUCCUCUGAGCGCAGCGUCAGGGAUGUCUUCCAUGUGGCCACAGUGGCCUCACUCGGCCGUGGCCAUAGGCAGCUGCGUCGUACUGACUCACGCCGUGGACUGCAGAGACCUGCGCAGCUGGUGGGCCGGUCGGACCGGGGGACCGGGACCGAGAGCGAGAUACACAAGGAUCGAGCCAAGAGCUGCAACCUCAUGUGAGGGGCCGGGAUGAGGCAGAGCGUAAGGAGGGGCGGAGAGGGCACAGCGGUUCCCCUGCUGCACCUGACCUCCUGACCGCCUGACUCGGGCAGAGACUUCAGAGCAGGCCAAGGGAGCGAUCCUUCUGGGCAGGGGAGCCGAAGGCAGAAGGGUGCCACCAUUCCGCAUGUCUUCAUCCCCCUCCUCCCCAUGGGAAGUGGAGGAAGCCAGCGGGACAGGCAUCUGGGCUGGGAGCUGGGCUGGAGAGGGGGCUGGGGAAGCUGGCAUCAGGCAGUGACUUCGGUGGAGGCUUAGUCUAUGAAGGGUGCCUUCCCUCCACACCCCCAGUAUCCAUAUCCUGGCCCUGGCUUCCUUCUGUAAGGAAAGUGUCCAUUCUAUGACCUUCCCUUUUCUUCUCCUUUCCCUUCCACUGCUGUUCUCACUCAUCCUAACCUCCAGGCAACACACACUAAAUUAAAAAGCAAGUUGAAAAGCCCCUCCCCCGUCUACCCACAGUCCUAGCUCCCUCAAUCCCUUCCCUCAACUGUCCCCAAAUAAAGCCCAUGUCCACGGAAAA